AUGGAAAAACCAGAAGUUUUAUCUUUGGAUAUGUUAAAAGGUAUCCAUGAUCAAGUGGUAGUCAGUCAAAUAAGCGGUGUAGUCAAUGACCACAUCGUAUCUUGUUUAGAAAUCACAGCGUUAGAUGAUGAAAAUGUAAGAAACUUGUGUGAACUUUUACAAAGGAAACGAUAUGCAUUUGAAUGCCUAAGAGCAAUUUCUUUUAAGUUUUCUAACGAUUAUAUUCUUAUUUUCUAUGACAGCAUUAUUACGUCUUUACAAUUGUCGAAUUCAGAAUCAAUAGGAAAUGUUGGUAUAACAAAAUUAAAUGAGUUUAUGAAUUCGCCUUCGUCGCUUAAUGAGAAAUUGCUUUUAUUGCAGUCAUUUCUAAUAUGUUUGUGUGAAAGUGACAUCACUUUUUCUUUGUUCGAACAGUUCAGUCCGAAUUACUGGCGUAGAAAAUUAUUAUUAUUUUCUUUGUUUAAAAAAAAUGAUGAUCGUGAUAUAGAAACGAUUGAAGUUCUGACAAAGGCAAUCGAGGAACUUGAUGAGUUUUUUGUAGUAAAUGGAUUCUAUUGGAAUGUAGACGAUUUCUUAGAAAAAUUAAUCUGUCACCCAAAGUUAAACGUUAAUUUCACUUUGGAAGUAUUUUUUGCAAUACGUUUGCAUCCUGAGAUAUUUUGCAUCUUAGGACGAGAUGCUGCUUUAAUUCAAGAAAAAAUAAAUGAGAUGAAGUAUUCAUCGUUCCACCAACAUUGUAGUAUUGCGGAUCUUUUAUUGGAAAACUACUUUGAUACUUUACAAUAUAUUUUAACUUUUCCAUAUCAAGCCAUGCUGGGUGUCGUGAGUAACAUGUCAUCUAAUAAUUUUGAGCAAAUGAUAUAUUUCGUCGAAUUGCUAAGAAAUGGUGGUUUUAAACAAAGAAAUAGAGAUGACUUUUUAAUCAGUUUAAACUUCGAAGAUGACUUGGAAGCAUUAAAAUCAAAACUUAUUUUUCAUAUUGUAAAAGAAAUAAUAGGUACGUUUUUUUCAUGUUAUAAGUCUUAUAAAGGUAAUCAAGUAGUCAGCAAACCCAUUGAAGUAUCUAUAGAAUGUAGGUGUUUUGAUCCUCAAGUAAAUUGUAAGUUACACAAGACCGCAGAUUGUUGCAAUUUACUGUAUUCGUUAAAUAGAUUAUUGGUUAAAUUAAUGUUACAUUUCACCAAUGCAGAAAUAAUUUUAGAUACCGUCAGUACAAUUUUCGCAAAGAUCAACAAUUCUAAACAAAUGUUAGAACUUAUUAGUGCUUUAGAAAUACUUGAAGAAUAUCAGGUACACUUAGAUGAAUCGGAAUUCAACGAUUUAUUUUUAAAUUUCACUUCUGAAAACUGUAAACAUAAAGUGCACAAAACUGUUGUAAAAAGUUCUUUCUCAGGCACUUAUGAAAAAUCUCUUGAACAAGCAAUCGAGGAAAUUGAAAAUUCUAAUCCAGGACUUACUUUAAAUAUAAUCGAGUUACUUAUCGAAGUUACUGAUGCAUAUAAAAAUAGAUCCUGCCUUUUUCCAAACGGUGACCUUAUCAAUACUUGGUCUAAAAGCCAAAUAAAACUAUGGGCUCCUUUAGCAAGAGCAGCUAAUGUGAGUGAGGCUGAAAAAUUAGCUGUCCUCAAACGGUUACUCAAUGUUACUUUAGGAUUAAGCUUAAGAGAUGUCCAACUACUAGUCGUAAUUGCCAUUAUUAAAUCGAAUGUAGGUAAAGGCAGGUUGUGUCAGGUCAACACUGGUGAAGGUAAAACAUUAAUUAUUGCAAUGGUAGCGGCAUUCAAAGUCUUAGAAGGGCAUACGGUUGACGUUUAUACCAGUUCGCCAGUUCUAGCUAUACCACAGUCUUUAGAAUUUGCCGAAUUCUUUCAAACCUGUAAUAUAUCCGUUACAAACAACAUCGAUCCCAAUUCAGACUACACCUGCGAUGUGAUUUACGGAACUAAUAAUUCAUUUCAAAGAGACGUCCUCAGGGGAGAAUUUAGAAAAACGAAUAUACGAAAAAAGCGCAAUUUUGACGUUGCAAUAGUUGACGAAGUAGAUAAUAUGCUCAUUGAUGGUAACAAUUGGAUUUUAAGGUUGACAUGCGAUAUGCCAGCAAUGGAUCAUUUGGAAACUGUAUUAGCUGCAAUUUAUAUUCAAGUCAAAGCCGUAGCUAGUGCGUUAAUAGAAAAAAAUGGAGUCGUUUAUUUUAGAGAAGAAGAUGAAGCAUUCGAAGAAAAUGGGGACCUUAAGCCAGAAGUUAAAUAUAGAGAUAUUCCAAUUGUAGAAAGCAAACGAGAUUUUAUAAUUAGAUGUACCAAUUCUCAUAUACGAAAGUUGAUACGUGAUACUGAACAAGAAACGGUGGAAGAAGGCUACCCAGAAAUUAAAAUUCCAAAGCACUUACGACAAAUUGUUACUAAAAAACAGCUUAGCAGUUGGAUUAAUAGUGCUGUACAAUCAAUAUUCAAUUAUGCUAAAGAUGAAGAUUAUGUUCUUUAUAAUGGAAAAAUAACUGUAGUCGAUACAAACAACACUGGAGUUUUAAGAAAAAAUACAACUUGGUCUGAUGGCUUACAUCAAUUUUUGCAAAUGAAACAUGGAGCUAAAGUGGCACCAGAGAACUUUACAUCCAAUUUCAUAUCUAAUGUCGCAUUAUUCUCUCGAUAUUCGAAUAUUUUCGGCUUGACUGGUACUCUAGGACAUAAAGACACUAGGGCAUUCUUACAAGAAACUUAUGAUGUCGACUCUGUUAUUAUUCCUCCAUUUAAGCUUAAACAACAUAAAAUACUUAAACCUAUUAUUGUGCGUGACAGGGAAAUUUGGCUUUUUAAAAUUGCACAAAAUUGUAUCGAGAAGCUAAAUGAGGGUCGUUCAGUUUUAAUUAUUAUGAAUUAUAUAAAAGAAACAGAAGAACUCGCCAAAGUUUUUACAGAGCAAUUUAAUUACAAAAAAACAAAAAUAAAGCUUUAUACAACGGACGAUAACAUUCACGUGGUUGAAACACCAAUGAAUCCAGGAGAUGUUAUAAUAACGACAAAUAUAGCUGGAAGAGGAACUGACAUAAAAUUGAACAAAACAAUUGAAAAAAAUGGUGGUUUACACGUGUGCCUAACAUUUCUUCCAAUAAAUUCAAGAGUAGAAGAACAAAAUAUAGGCAGGACAUCAAGAAACGGCAACAGAGGCACAAGUCAAUUAAUCUUACUUGUUCCUGACAAAGAUUCUAUUUCUAUUGAUGAUUUAAAAAAGAUUCGUUCAGAAAAGGAAAAAUCUCAAAUUAAAAUGGCAACAAACACUGUAAAGAGAAUUAAAGUUAAGGACAAAAUUUUCAGGCAAUUCUGUGAUUGCCUUAAUGAAAUACAAGGACGCAAUUCGUUUGUUAAAGAAUCUGAGCUUAAAUCAGUGGAGGAACAAUUUUCUUUUUGGAUAAAAAUGCACGAAGAUGAAUUUGAUAAAGUUGAUACUGGAAUAUUAGAAAAGUUUGAGGAGUUCAAGCAAUCUAUCCUAGAAGACGAUAGAAAAGGAACAUUGAUAAAAAAUCCAUAUUUAUUUGUGGAACUUGGUAAUAGUUACUUGGAAAAAGAUGAAUACGACAAUGCUAUUUCCGAAUAUACAAAAGCUAUUAGUUUAGAUGAAAAUUUCGCAGAAAACGCAUUUUAUAAUCGCGCCUGGGCCUAUUUAAAACUCUAUGGAAAUAACAUACAGAAAAACCAUUAUUAUAUAAAUAAAGCGAUCAGUGACUUUAAAGCAGCUCGGAAAUUAAUUUGUGAAAAAGAAAACGGUUUGCAUUUGAUGCAAACAGCAUCAAGCAGUGAUGUGUUUUCUGAACAAAUAAUGAAUAAAUUGAGCCUGUAUAACAUACAAAAAAACGUUAUUGAAAUGGCAAUAGGACCCGACAAAGACGCUAUUAAUCAACAGUUAAAGGAGCUAAAGUCACAUAUUGAAAAUACGAAAGAUUCGGAUUUAAGAGAAAACUUAAACUCAGUAACCAAAAAACUCGAAGAAGACAAAAAAAAUAUCGGCGUCAUUGGAAGAGCAAUAGAGAAUAAACGCGACAUAAAAAUAGAAGCUCUAUCAGAUGAUUUUAUACCAAAAGAUGACAUGAAAAAGUGUAAACAGGAACUGGAAGAGUUUGAAAGAAAUGGUUGGCUGAAAGGUUUUAAAGUAACUGAAGUAAAACCCAUUGAUUGGACAAGUGUUAUAAGUCUACUUGGUAUAGGAUUUGGACAACUGAUAAUAGGCGCAGCAAUAACUGUCUUUAGUCUCGGCACAGGAGCCACUAUUGGCAUGGGUCUUAUAACAGAAGGCGUAAGUGAUAUCAUAACAGCAGUAAAAGAUGGUAUUAUUAAUAGGGAUUUCGAUUGGGCAAUGUGGGGCUUAAUGAAGGUUAUUAGUUUAACCGUGAGUGUCGUUUGCGCGGGACUUAAAGCAAUCAAAGACGUUGCUCGCACUGCUUAUUCAGGUGUAAAGAACAUCGCUACUUCAGGUAUUAAAGCUUUUAAUAAGGUUACAUCAGAAGGAUUUAAAAUUGCCGCAAAGAAACUUGGCUUUGAGCUAUCGAAGGGAGUUGCGAAGGAAAUAGUUACACAAUUAGUUAAUUACGGCAUCGAUAAAAGCUUAAUACCUUUAGUAGAAGAAGCAAUUAUUGAAUUGAUAAGAAAUCCUAUUGAAAAGGCACUCAGUGAAAAUUCAAAAGUUAUUACUAUGUUAAAAUUAGAUGUACAAAAUAAAAAUCACGCGUUCGAAAAUCAAAUAAGGGCCAUAGGACACAAGUUGUUACAGCCCAAACAAAAUAGCAAAAUCCAAGCUCUGGCUACGCACACUGCUGGCUGUAUUGCCAGUAACACAGGUUUAGGAACAGUUCAUAAGGUACACUCAAUCCUCCAGGGUUCGGUUGAUUUUGGUACGUUUACCUUUGAUUUCAUAAGUAAAUUAAAUAAAGCAAUUAAUGAAAUCGAAUUAAAAGAAGAAGAACAAAGUUCAAUUUGCGCUCCUGUGGAAGAAAAUCAAAAAGAGGAAACUCUAGAAGAAUCUAAAAACCAAUCUAAUAAUAAUAAUGAUAUCGAUUUGAGUAAAGUAAGAGUACAAGAUGAACAAGUACAGCAAAAUAGACGGCAAUGUACACCCAGCGAUUUGUCUUGUGAAUUUGCUGGUUUAGUUUCUACCAAUAUGAUUCAAAUUAUGAAAGGAAGUAUAGUUUCACCUAUUACCCAAAUGGCGGUUAGCUAUAGUGUUGAUGGAUUAUCUUCUAAAAUUAAUAGUUCUUUAGAGACUGAGACGGAGAAAUUUAGAGCAGGUAAGCGCAUUUGCGAUGAUAAUAAUCGCAAAUAUGAAAACACUAGUUCCAACUAUACGACUGCCCAAACAAGGGAAGAGCAUUUGGCCGAAGUAAACGCUUUAAUUGAUCAAAUUGAGUCAGGAGGGCCAGUAACUCUUUUUCAUUUAGGUGCCCUUAGUAAGGCAGCUGAUGCUCCCAUAGAAAUUUAUGACCAUAACGGAGACCUAAUGUUUCCGGUUCGCAAUAAUCAAGGCGGGGAGCCAAUUAAACUUCAGUAUCACGGCCAAGAAAAUAACAUUGGACAUUUCACAUUACUUGGUAAAAGUGAACCCUUUGUUAUGGGUUCAGGAGAAAAUAUGUGCGCAUUUAAUUGCAUUGCACAGCUAUGUAAUAAAGAUCCAAAUCAACUUAAAGCCGAUACCGUCAACAUAUUGAGAAAUAAUCAACACGUUGUCGCCGCUCGGCUCGAUGAUAUUAAAAUGAUCGAGACAGCACAUAACUCAGUAUUGAAUGUAAAGGGUGGAGCACAUUAUUAUGGUAAAAAUUAUUUGGAUGCCAUGAAAUACAUUUCAAGUUCAGAAGGAAAACAUGGGUUUGAUAACACAAACCCCGGUCAUCCAGAAAUUCAUAUUUCGUACAAAGGGGAUCCAAAAGUUAGACUAGCAAUGGUUUCAGAUGCUAUCGGGAAAAAAAUUAUAGUAAAAGAUAAGAAAGGUCGCGAGAUGUAUACAACUGGUAGUCAGUACGAAGGAGAUCCAAUUGUAUUCCAGUUCAAUUUGAAUAAAAAAGAUCCUAAUAAUAGUUAUUUCUCAGAACCUGGCGGAACUGAGAAAUUAUACUUCCAUGAAGACAAUGAUACUGAAUUUUAUUCAUAUCUCGGAAAAAAAAUGAAGCAAAAACCAGAAGACAUUAAAAAGACGACUACUGAUAAGCUCGAUAAUCUUGAAGUACCACAGAACGCAACUUGUGUGGAAAAUAAGCCUGCAACAAAAGUACCACCGACUGGUUUCUUUACUAAACAUGAUGAAGGUUUUGUUUUAGAUCACGUAUUAAAAAGUAAAAUCGUUCAAACAAAAUUAAAGCAGCUAAACCGAUACAACGCUACUCUUAGAAACGAUAGGAAAUAUACUAAAGCCCAUCUUACUAUUCCUGUACAAGAUUUGAAUUUGCCACGAGAUGUGACAGCUGGUCAGUGGAACAAUGGAAAACUGAUAUGUAAAUUUCCAGUCAAGAGUGUUUUUGUUUUAAUACAACACCAUGAUGGACAACAAAACAAUCCAGAUGCACAAGUACAAAUUCAAACAAUAUAUCCCAUAUUUUGAAUUUUUUUAAUUAGAUUUUAAAC